UGCCCGGGCCAGGAACGGGCUCAGGGAGCCGAGACAGACCGAGUGACAGCGUCUGAUUCCCGGGGAAGAACAUCACGAAGCCUCCCCUGACAACAUAGUCAAGAUGCCGAACAAAGCCAAGAAGGACAAGGAAACCACCAAGAGUGCUAAAAGCAGUAAGAACAGCCCCUCCGGUGGCGGUGGAGCUGGCGUGGGGAAAGAUGCUGCUGCAGAGAACUCAGACGAGUCCCAGCAGCAGCAGAGCAGCAGUAAUAAGGGCUAGCAACAGCACCCCCCCCCCCACCAGCUCAACAAGAUCAAGUACUCUGGCGGUCCUCAGCUGGUGAAGAAGGAGCGCCGCCAGAGCUCCUCUCGCUUCAGCCUCACCAAGAACAGAGAGCUGCAGAAGCUGCCCGCCCUCAAAGACUCGCCGCUGGUCGAGCGCGAGGAGCUGUUUGUGCAGAAGCUGCGUCAGUGCUGCGUCCUGUUUGACUUCGUGAGCGACCCGCUCAGCGACCUCAAAUACAAAGAGGUGAAGAGAGCCGGCCUCAACGAAAUGGUGGAGUACAUCACGCACAACAGUGACGUGGUGACAGAGUGCAUCUACCCAGAGGCUGUGUUCAUGUUUUCGGUGAACUUGUUCCGGACUCUCCCUCCGUCCUCCAACCCGACGGGAGCCGAGUUUGAUCCUGAAGAAGAUGAACCCACGCUGGAGGCUGCCUGGCCCCACCUGCAGCUUGUCUACGAGUUCUUCCUGCGUUUCCUCGAGUCUCCAGACUUCCAGCCAAACAUCGCCAAGAAAUACAUAGAUCAGAAGUUCGUAAUGUCGCUGCUGGAGCUGUUUGACAGCGAGGAUCCCAGAGAGAGAGACUUCCUGAAGACAAUCCUCCACCGGAUCUACGGAAAGUUCCUCGGCCUCCGCGCCUACAUCCGGCGCCAGAUCAACAACAUCUUCUACAGAUUCAUCUAUGAGACAGAACAUCACAACGGCAUCGCAGAGCUGCUGGAGAUCCUGGGGAGCAUCAUCAACGGCUUUGCUCUCCCGCUGAAAGAAGAACACAAAAUGUUUCUGAUCCGAGUUCUGCUGCCGCUUCAUAAAGUCAAGUCUCUGAGCGUCUACCACCCCCAGCUGGCGUACUGUGUGGUCCAGUUCCUGGAGAAAGACAGCAGUCUGACGGAGCCGGUGAUCAUGGGCCUGCUGAAGUUCUGGCCGAAGACACACAGUCCGAAGGAGGUGAUGUUCCUAAACGAGCUGGAGGAGAUCCUGGACGUCAUCGAGCCCUCAGAGUUCGUUAAAGUCCAGGAGCCGCUCUUCAGACAGCUCGCCAAGUGUGUGUCCAGCCCGCACUUCCAGGUGGCAGAGAGAGCUCUGUAUUACUGGAACAACGAGUACAUCAUGAGUCUGAUCAGCGACAACGCCGCCAAGAUCCUCCCCAUCAUGUUCCCCGCCCUCUACAAGAACUCCAAGAGCCACUGGAACAAGACGAUCCACGGUCUGAUCUACAACGCUCUCAAGCUCUUCAUGGAGAUGAACCAGAAGCUGUUCGAUGACUGCACGCAGCAGUACAAGGCCGAGAAACAGAAAGAGAAGUAUAAGCUGAAGGAGAGAGAGGAGGUGUGGUACAAGAUCGAAGAGUUGGCCCGACACAACCCACAGAGCAAUAAGCUCCACCCCCUCCGCCCAGGACUCCACCCACAGGAAGAGUACAUGUUGUACAGUGACAGCAGUGUGGCGGUCUACUCGAUGGAGACAGAGACUCCAACAGCUGAAGACAUCCAGCUGCUGAAGAAGACCGUGGAGAGCGAAGCCACGCAGGGUCUGAAGGAUCUGAAGAAAGACAAAGUCCUGACGCGGAGGAAGUCGGAGCUGCCGCAGGACGUCUACACCAUCAAAGCUCUGGAGGCUCACAAGAGGGCCGAGGAGUACCUGACAGCCAAUCAGGAGGCUCUCUGACCCCGCUCCCGUCCCGCUCUCUGAUUGGACGAACCUGGACCGAGAACAAGACGCUGACAUCACCUCCGACACUUUCAUCUGCACCACGACAACGCAGCAAAGACUGACGGUCCCUGAACGCAUCAGCCAGCCACGGCACUUUCCCACAGCGGCCCGAACAUGAACGCACCGUCUCUGGUUCCGCCGUUCGCCGUUUAAACUCGUGUGUAUACACCGAAGUUACGAAGGUUUAGCAGUAACAGACCAACGAGCAGCGGAGGAGUAACGUCACGUUCCCGCUGUGGGAAACGUCUGACACGACCAAUCAGCUGUCAGCACAGAUCUGUGGCGAGACGCACUGAAUGUAGACGUCCAAUCAGCAUCCAGCGUUUUGCCUCCCGACAGAAGAUCCAACAUGAGUUAUAAUAUUGGUUUGUUUCAGAGUUUUUCACGCUGUCGUGAUGAGAGAAGUCGUUUCUUGUCAGGACGCCGCUCGCCGAAAACCACACAAAAUGUCCUCCGUGUUUCUGUCUCAACGCAACGUGACAUCAUGACUUCACGUAAACAUACACGCCACUUUCCUAAAGCCAAGUGCCGUGUUAUCUGUACACAUUUUGAGCUAUCCACAUGUAUGGCUACGCUGUAUACAGCGGACAUAAACAUACACACCACGUGCCGUGUUAUCGCGACAACGCCACACGCUUACC